UCCAACACUGCUGGCAUCGGUCUUUGUUUAGCCGCGAAAAUUACGCUAAAACACCCGCUAAUGCCGACUAAUUUUGUAUAAAACGUGCCUUUGAACAACUUUUAAAAUUAAUACAUUUGUUGGAUUUAACUUAACUGCCACAUUUAACAAGUCCCGAAAAGAUCUUCUGCCCUACUAUCUGCAGAAGUAAGUUUGUUGGCGGCUUUUAAGUUAUAACAAAAUGGCACAAAUUGAGGAGUAUCAGGACUUGGUAAUCGAUGCACUCGAAGUGGUGGACUUUAAGCUGAUUCGGGACAAGGGGGACAUCAAUAACGACGCCCUGACGUUCCACCCCGCUAUGGCCCAUCAAAUUUUUGGCGAGUCUGAAACCAUCUUUGGCUACCAGGAUUUGCACGUGCGUGUGAUGUACACGGCAGGACCUUUGCACAUUUACCUGGGCGUGGAGUACGGCAAGCGGGUGAACGAGAUUUCCGGCGGAGAGAUCAAGGCCGACGACGUGGUCAGCACCAUUGCCCAGAGUCUACCGGACGGCUGCUACUUUAUAAAUCUCGAUGAGUUUCUGAAGACUCUGGACAAGGCGGACAAGUUCCAGCCGUUCGGCGAGAAGAUCAGCGAAUAUACCCGGACAUCAGAUGAUGGCAGCGAACGGGUCUUCGAGAUUUACCAGUGCGACUACAAGAGCUCGUCGUUCCUGAAGUUCUUUGCUCGGCUUCAGACCUUUAUCUUGUGGUUCGUGGACGCUGCCUCCUACAUCGACACGGACGAUCCACAGUGGUGCUAUUUCUUGUGCUAUGAAAAGUACAAAAACAACGAUGGACAGUGGCAGUACGCCACUGCUGGUUACACCACCGUGUACGAGUACUACGCCUAUCCUCAAAAUAAGCGUCCGAGGAUAAGCCAGAUGCUGAUAUUACCGCCCUUCCAGAAACUGGGCCUGGCCACCCAGGUUGUGGAGACCAUUUACAAGUUUUAUCAAUCGCAGAAGAAUGUGGUGGACAUCACCGUGGAGGAUCCAUCCGAGGAUUUUCAGCGAUUGCGCAACUUUGUGGACGCUCGAUCCUGCAAGGAACUAAAGUCGUUUGCCCGUGUCGAUAUUGUCAAGGGCUUCAACAAGGAGAUGGUUCGGGAAGCUCGUGAAGCUCUGAAGCUCAAUCCCCGCCAAGUGCGGAAAGUGUACGAGCUUCUCCGGCUCUUCUACACUAAUGUGAAGGAUGAAAAAGAGUACCGGCCGUAUCGACUGGAAGUUAAGAAACGACUUAAUGCAGUCUAUUACAAGCAGCUGAAAGAUUUGAAGAAAAUGGAGCGCUUCAAGAUGGACACAGAGAUGCUGCGGGCUCGCCUGCCAACGGUGAAACAACGCAUGGAGCAGCUGCAGGAGGAGUACAGUGUGGUCGAGCAAGACUACCAGAGCACCAUCGCCAAACUAAAAGCCUUGUAGGGUCUGUGGAUCCAAGGGGUGUUGAGUAAUUUAUUUCGUUUUUCCGUUUUCAAAUAUGUUGAUUACAAAAUACAUUAUGUUGCUAUAAGCCUAUAAUAGGAUUCUUUUGAAUAAAUAUUAAAAAUUACA